AACGAUCCGAGGCGCGGGAAUCGACCAUGCGAGAGCCUUUCAGGACCCAGCACUGCAUGCCCAAAAAUGGCGUGAACUUGCCCACGAGCUUGUGCAGCACCGCCUGGAAAAUCCGGGCGUCUUGAAGAAGUUUGUGGCCGGGGAUGAACAUCGAUUUGCGCUUUUUUAUAAUGAUGAGGGAGGCAUGGCGAAUCACCAUGCGGCCGUCAUCGUCUCGUUGGCAAGGAGGAGAUGGAGGGGGCUGAGG